UCUAUAUAAAGGCUCCGUGUAAAACUGAACUACUAAUAGAUCUCAAAUGGCGCUCGUUUCAAAAUUGCAGGUUGAGAAUUAUGUGUUCCCAUCAACAAUGGUGAAACCUCCGGGCUCCAACAAUACGUUUUUCCUCGCCGGCGCAGGGAAUAGAGGUUUGGAGAUUGAAGGAAAAUUUGUGAAGUUUACUGCGAUCGGUGUGUACUUGGAAGAGAGUGCUAUUCCAUUUCUAGCUGAUAAAUGGAAAGGGAAAAGCUCUGAGGAGUUGGAACAUUCAGUCGAAUUCUUCAGGGAUAUCGUUUCAGGUCCAUUUGAGAAAUUCACUCGAGUGACUAUGAUCUUGCCCUUGACGGGUAAGCAAUACUCUGAGAAGGUGGCAGAAAAUUGUGUUGCCUAUUGGAAAGCAAUAGGAACCUACAGUGAUCCAGAGAGGCAGGCCAUUGAAAAGUUCCUCAAUGUUUUCCAGAGUGAAACCUUCCCACCUGGUGCCUCCAUCAUUUUUACUCAAUCACCGCUUGGAUCAUUGACGAUUAGCUUCUCUAAAGAUGAUUCAGUUCCUUGCGUUGGGAAUGCUGUUAUAGAGAACAAACAAUUGUCAGAAGCAGUGCUGGAUUCCAUAAUUGGCGAGCAUGGAGUUUCCCCUGCAGCAAAGUGUAGUAUUGCCAAAAGAGUAUCAGAACUGUUGGUUUGUGAAAAACCAGGAAGUGAGUUAUCCUCGGUCCAGUAACUGAACUACAGAAAUUGAAAAGAAAUCCACCAUGUCAGAAAUUGGGGUCUACUUAGGACAAUAAAAGAGGUUCUAGUGCUGAAACUCCCUUGUCAACUCGGUCUGAUGUUGUCAAGGUAUCUUGAGGAUACUAGACGAAUGAUUUAGCCUAGCUUUUCUAGAUUCUCUACUAUGCAAUAGUGUGCAAUAAGGUCCCAUCUCUAAGUCUCUGUUAAUUAUGUAAAUGUGAGAAACUCAAAAUGCCUUUGUUGAAUUUAUAUCAAUGUUCUUUGAAGAGUAUUUUCUUAC